AACAUUCGCAAGAAGCGUUCAGUCCCGGAUUGACUGUCGUUUGAAUCAGAGAUUUAACAAACCGGUACACAAUAUUCGCUCUGUGUCGUGAUUUUGCCUUUGCGUACGCCGUUUUUUUUUCUCUUCUUCUUUGCGCCACACAUAAUUCGGAGGAGAGAAAAAUUCAUUCGAGAUUUUCUUUGAACAUAAGACGAAAUUCAAAGAUUAUCAAAAAGUGAAUUAGAUGAAAGUGAUUUGAGAUCAGGUAGUGAAAAACAUUUCUGGACGGAUAAGGUUUUGGUUUUUAGUUACGAGAAAGAUAUAAAAAACAGUGUAGUGAAAACGGAGAUAUAAUCCAACAGAUUGCAAAGAAAAAACAGUCAACUAUUUGAAGAGAAAAAAAAAUCUUGUGCACAGAACGGAAUGAAAAUAUCAUUCAGUUGAAAGAUCGAAAUUGCAUUCGCUUAAAAGAGCCUUUCGGAACGAAGUACAAACCCAAAUACGAGGUGCCAGCAAAAUUCCAUCCUACGAAAUAAUUGCGGCGAAACAAAAGUGUAGCAAACAAUUUGAAAACCCAAAAACGUAUCAAAAUACAAUUAAAGUGCAACUUUGCCUCGGCGCACGUGAAUUUAAUCCACUGUAAUACCGCGCCGCUCUCUCUCUCUCUCUCACACGGAAAUAUCAGUUAAAUCACGAAGAUUGCAAAACCGGGGAAAAUAGUACAAAAGCUCCGGAAACAUUUUAAAAUCAAAUACUCUACUGUCGAGAAAAGAGAAACAGCGCAGAAAAAAACAAAAUCCCGUGGAAUAGUUGUGGCAAAAAUUGUUCGGUUCAGCUCGUCCAUUUUCAUUGAGCUAUGCAUUUGGAUGCAAUAAAUUCAUUGGUGUGAGAAAAAGUGGUGAGAGUGAGUGAGUGUGUGUGAUGUAUGUGAGUUAUAGAUUUGCUGCAGUGGAUAAGUUUCACUUGGUGUUUGAGUAAUCCGGUGCGUUUUGCUUAUUUCAUUUUGUGGUUAUUUGGAAGUCUGAUGGUUAUGUAGCCAGUCGCCGUUAUCUCACCGAACACGUUGAUGUAUUUUUAAUUCGUUCGGUUUACCUCGAAAAUUAAACGAUUUCAACAACUGUGGAACGAAACCGAGAGAGCGAGACCGCUGUGUGCAAUUCGUAUCGUAUGAAUUGGGUAUGAGCAUUGAAGGUGUUUUCGAUGUACAGUGGGAAGUUUACGUGACUGGCGACGAACAACAAAUACGUCGUCACUGACAGCACCCAAACUUAAACGGCAAGCGUGGCGCACCAAACAGAAGGUUUUAUCAUAGGCUCGUUGAGCCUGUGCAAUGCAUGCCAACGUAACUUCAGAUCGUGGAGGUGGUAGCGGUGGAGGAUCAUGGCGUCUGCCCCCAGACGAAACACUUCAAGUAUCAGAUCCAAAAGAAAAACUAGACGAACUCGAUUAUGGCGAAACACACAACUGGAAGAGUAUAAUAUUUUCAUUAUUAGUCAUCGGCUUUGUGAUAGCUGGCAUCGUGACUGCAAUAUACCUUUUAGGAUAUGUAGACGAGCUGCUGUACUGGUCCGGUCGUCGAAUGUUUUUAGAUGAAUAUUUGCAAGGCGAAUUGUCACCGAAUCGUUUGCCACCAACAUGGGUGUCACGUACCAAAUUCGUAUUUCAAUCGGACGAUGGCGGUCUGGCCGUUUACGAAACGACAAAUAACUCCGUUAAAUCACUUGUUACAAACCACACGCUGCGCCAGCUUAACAUUAAGGGAUAUCAGUGUUCAACAAAUCUGGAAUUUGUUCUGUUUAAACACAACGUAAAGAGCGUUUUCCGGAAAUCGUUUACCGCAUUUUAUACGGUUUAUGAUGUCACAAAAGACCAUCAUAUGCCCGUGCGGUUAAAAGCAUCGCUGAAAGUACAACGGACCCGAUUACAAUAUGCAGCGUGGCUGGGAAAUACAACGUCACUAGUUAUCGUCGUCGAUAAUGACAUAUAUUUAAAGCAGUCGCCGUCAGAUGAAGACGACAUUCGCAUCACGAAUACCGGCAAACCCGAUUUAAUUUAUAAUGGUGUACCUGAUUGGCUGUAUCAAGAGGAAAUUUUCACAACACCUGAAGCAAUUUGGAGCUCAGACGAUGGAUCACAUCUUAUGUAUGUGUCGUUUAAUGACACUCAAGUCGGGACAAUGGUUUAUCCUUGGUUUGAUUCCGGCGCUGUUAUGGCUGUGCACAGUUUUGGUAGUACAUCGUUUCCAGAGACGCGAACGGUGCGAUAUCCAACGCCUGGUUCCAAAAAUCCAGACGUUAAACUAAUGAUCGUCAAUGUAACCAAUACCAGCGCGAUACAACAAUAUCCAGUUACACCUCCAAUCACGCUCGACGGACAGGAGGUUUACAUAACAUCGGCCGGCUGGGUGUCUAGCACUAGCAAUCAGAUAUCCGUUGUUUGGAUGAAUCGAGCGCAGAACAAUAGUGUGAUAUCAACUUGCUUUGCACCGGGUUGGAUCUGUGUUGAGACGCAUUCGGAACGAGCGCCCGAAAACGAAUGGCUGGAUAUUUUGCCGCAUCCAAUCUUCUCACCGGACGGUGAUAGUUUUUUAUUGUUGGCGAGCAUUCAAGAGACUGGUACUGAACAUUUCACUCAUAUCAAACAUGUAACAAUAACUCAACAAAGGAUUUCGGUUAUUUCGCAUGGACGAUACGAGCAAGUAGCUGUCAUAACAAAUGGCAGACAUCAGGUGCUGAAAAUAUUAGCAUGGGAUACGAAAAAUCAUUUGGUUUACUAUCUCGGAACGCAAGAUAGAAAGCCCGGCCAACAACACAUGUACGUGGUCAAAGAUCCGCUGAACAAAGACAAUGGCAAAAUGGAGCCGCAGUGCAUUACGUGUGAUAUUGAUAGUCUUUUGUGGAGUAGCCGACGCCUCUACAGAAAUUGUUCAUACUUUGAUGUUUAUCUUAGUCCACCGUCUUCCAUAGCAACCGAUUAUCGUGUCGAACACUACGUUUUGGAGUGUCAAGGGCCCACAUUACCUGUAGCCGGUGUACAUUCAAUCAAAACGAAUAUAUUGUUGCAAGAGCUAUUCAACAUGGCAAAUUCGUCGAUAAGACAACGUCUCGAUAAGCUGGCUCUGCCGAAGAAGCAUUCGUUUGAAAUAACACUGAACCAUGGGACACGGAUUCAAGUGCAAAUUCUGUAUCCGCCAAGUUGGCGAGAAGAAUUACGUGACGCCGCUUUUCCCGUCUUAGUCGAAGUAAAUGGUCGCCCGGGAUCGUCGUCAAUAACGCAAAAGUUCCAAAUCGAUUGGGGCUCAUAUAUGUCGAGUCGGAACGAUGUCAUUUACAUUCGAUUAGAUGUUCGAGGUUCAAAAGGACAGAGUAAACAGGCGCUUUAUCGACAUUUGGGCGGUGCAGAAGUCGAAGAUCAAAUUGAUGCGCUGAGCCACUUGUUGUCGAAUAUGAAUUACCUCGACGAGACACGUGUCGGCAUUUGGGGCUGGGGUUAUGGUGGAUACGUUACGGCAAUGGUGCUCGGGGCUCAACAGCCAGUCUACAAAUGUGGUGUUUCUGUUUCACCCAUCACCGAUUGGCUAUUCUACAAUUCGGCGUUUACAGAACGAAUUUUGGGACUACCGAAUGAAAAUUUUAAAGGUUACGUCGAAGCAGAUGCAACACAACGCGCUCGACAUAUACCAUCGCAUUCGUUCUUUUUGCUACAUGGACUGGCCGAUUCAUCCGCUCCAUAUCUGCAUGGGACGCAGCUGGCACGUGCACUCGCCAAAGCCGGAGUGAUAUUUCAAUACCAAACGUAUGCUGAUGAGGGUCACGAAUUGGAACACGUCUUGGAACACGUGUACAAAUCAAUGGAACACUAUUUGAAAGACUGCUUAAGCUUAGAUCCAGACGAUUCAAAAUCCGAAGGGGAUAGUUCAGCAUAGGUUGCUCGACGCUCCAUGCACUGGUCGUAAGAGAAGAUGACGUCUCAGCAGAAAGAAAAUAUAUGAAGCGGCAGAGAGAAAUAUAAAAUAAAAUACAAUAAAAGUUCAUCUUCUCUCAUCGAGCUUACACAUCCGUAACAAAAGGCAGAGAGAAUAAUAUCGAAAAAUAUUUUUUGUGUGUGUAUUAGUGUGUGAAAUCGAUUUACUUCGAAUGAGAUUCUCUCUGGAGUUUUGCUUUGAGACAAAAAAAAAGCGAGGAAAAAAAAAAUAAAGUGCGUGACAGCCAUGACAACGAUGUACUUCAAUCAGCGAAAAGCAAUACAAAAUGAAAUGAUCGUCUCUCAUUCUGUAGAUAGACGUGUUUUUUCUGGUUUUGUUUGUUGGGAAAAUCUAUUCGAAUUUACAAAACGAAAAUAUCGUGACACAUGUGAAACGUGCACAUCAAUAAAUGAUAAUUGAUCGUUCCAGAGACGUUCGACUGACACAAAUUGCAAACAAAAACAACAAAAACAAUAGCAACAACAGUAAAAUCCGUUCAAAUAGUGCGAAAAUCAAAACGAAAAUAGUGAAACGGAAUAAACAACCAAACAACAAAGUAUACAAACACAAAAUAUUUGCCACGAAACGCGGAAAAAUGAAAAGCCGUGACAAAAUCAAAUCAUCCAUACUGAUAGAAAACCCACGCAUUGAUUGAUGCAAUAUGAAUCGGAAUUGUAAAAAUGACUUCGAAUGUGUUCUGCCAACGAGUUUAACCGGUAGUGUGUUGUCAAGUGUUUUUCCAAAUAAUUAAGUGUUCUUUUUCUUGGAUGGUGGAGGAAAGCUAGAUUGAGAAACAAUCUAGAAUGAUAAUGGAUAUAACGAUAAAUUGUAGAGAAGGAAAGAAAAACACUGAAAAUGUUAACAAAAAAAGUGCUUUAAAGUCUAACAAACAAACGAAUGAAACCGCUAAACCAAGCCAGAAAUUUAUUCAACCAAACAGAGAGAAAUAUGUGUUGAGUCGUGAUUUUAAUUAAAUGUCGGUUCUCUUUGUACUUCCUUAUAAGAUCUACCUUAAGGCGUCAUAUUCAUGCACAUUCUCGUUUUGAAAUUAAAGAAGAAAAUCAAAGCAGUAUCAGAUUUAGUGUUAAAUGCAUCGGAAGUUGAAUGAGGUAAGAUGUGUUCAAAUGUCCGAUCCGAUUUCUUCAAAGUGCACAAAGCCAACGAGUUGUUCUUGUCCAAGAAAGCCAAAGAUUCAUCUUUAAAAAAACCAAAGAGCUAUUCCGAUGAAAUCCGUAAAAGUAGUCAUUACAAGAAGCCGGAAUGUAAAUGGAUAAACAAGAGCAAAAGGAUUUUCAAAACGGAAUGUUAUUGAUUACAAAAGGGCUAUCGUAAGCAGACUUUGAUUUCCCGGAAAUCGUUUCCGUUUGUUUCAAGGUGCAACGAGUGAAAUUUAAUGAAAAUGCAAUCGAACACACAAUUUCAUUAAAAAGCUUUCCAUUUGAUUCAAAAUAAUGAUUUGAUCGGGCUUGACUUUUAAGUUGAUUUGAAGUUAUUAAAACGCGUUUGGAUUUUCACUUACACUUACUCUUACACUUAACUCGUGUGCUCGAGGAAAUGUUCAGAACAGAAGAUCAGAAGAGAGAUAUACAGAGUCAAGAUUCAAACUCGAAAUAAUUGAUUUGUUUGAGUGUUUUGGCAAAUGAAAGUCGGAAAAUCGAGUGAAAUAGAUAGAAAGUGGAAGUAGAAUAAAAGCAAGAGUCAGAGAAACAGUGAGAGAGAAAGAGAGAGAGAGAGAGAGAGAGAAUGACGCUUGCGUUUUUAAUAAUAGACAAAAAUUAACUAGCGAAUUGUAAAUAGUAGUGAAUAGUGUAGUCGAGAUUAUUUAAUGUGUGAAUGAAACAGAGAGAGAGAGAGAGAGAGAGAGAGAGAGAGAGAGAGGGAAACAAAGAGAACGGGAGAGUGAAAGGUAAAGAAAGCAUUAGACGUUUAAGUGUAAAUUGAAAAAAUAUAGAACACAGACUAAAAGUGAAAAAUAGAACUUAACGAAAUGGUUGUGAUUGUAUAGACAUAACGAACAGGAAAAAAAGAAAAACUAGAAGAGAAUUGUGUGCGCACAAGCUCAGUUUGCAAUUAGUGUUUCGAGGAGUCGAUGGGUGAUCAUUAUGUCCAAUGCAUGAAGCGUCCGUCACUUCCGGAAAUCAUUCAAAAAUCCGUCAAUCAAUCCAACUGAAAUUGAUUUAGAAAGCAUCCAAUAAAUUCUGCACUUACAUUGAUUUGAUUUGUUCGUCUUUUAAGGAUGCGAUAUCCAAAGUGACAGGCCAAUAAAUCCAAUGCGAUAUGUGAAUGUAUGCGCUGGCAACAAGUUAUUAUAUAUGUUGCGUAUUCAUUCGCAACAAUAAUAUGAAUAUGAAUAUGUGCCACCACCACUAGCAGCGGUAGCAGCAGCAGCAAUAAUCAUCGAUAUGAUUCAUAUGUCAUUGUCCCAUUAUUUUUAGCUUAAUGCAUUGUCACCAAUCAUGCUCGACCGACAACUAUCAAACGCCGUGUAGCUAAAUGGCAAAUGUGUCGUUCACGCAAUUUCAUAUUGCAUUGUUAUUAGAUGCUCGAGCUCACUCUUGCUCCCCAUAGUCAUACGGUGUGAGUUAUACAAAUUGCCUGAGCUCACUACUUUCCAACUAAAUGCCAUACGAUUUUGUGUAUAGAUAGAUAGAGAUAGAGGCAGAAAGACAGAGUGGUAGGGAAAUGUGUUACAUUAGACAUGUUGCAAACGGACACCAUCGCCUCAAUGACAGAAGCGUGAACACAUCCGAUUUUCUUGAAUAUUGAAUAUUUCAGCAUAUACAUCAUCAAAUAAUUAUUUAAUGAAUAUUUCAAAACUGAGAUUCGAGCAAAAACCACCCACCCGAACGAAGCAGUUUUCAAAAAUAUGCCGUUUCUCUCCUUCAAUUCACUGGCGGAGAGUAGCGCAGGCUCACUUUCUCCAUCACACUCAGCUGCCUGCUUGCUGCUGCUGCUAUAAAUGCUCAGAUCAUGUAAUAACAUUAAUCAUGAAUAUUUAAGCAUGGUUUGAACUAUGAAGUGAACCGUUUCAUCAUGUCAUAGUCGUAAUGAGUAGGGAAUUAGGACUAGCAAUGUAUUGUUUUAAUAACAAGAGACAAAAAAAAAAUAGAGCAACUUGUUGUGUACGUCGUACCUGUAACAUGUAAAUGAGGAACAUUCAAGUGAUAGUUUUUAGAGCAUGUGCGAGAGAGAGUGUGUGUGUGUGGAAAUGAAAAAGAUAGAGAGAUUGAAGUUGUAUUUGCGAGUAAUACGAGAGCUGGCAAAUUUGAAACUCUCUCUAUAAUAAAUAAUAAUCAAGUAUAGGAAAAUCGGUCCCAAUUGGAUGCAAUCAAUUUUAAUCACUUAUUGAGCCCAUUUUAUUGAUUCGAAGCAAUAACGAUAAACAUAAGUCAAUAAACGGGAUAAAUAGGAGACACAUCCGAACAAAAAACAGAGACAUUCGCUAUGUAGAAGAGAUGAAGAAAGAUAUCAGUCAUUACAAUAAGAUUUAUACCGUCAUUUUAACAGUGUAAGACGAAUAAUUGGGCGCAUUUCAUUCAAACUGUGGUACAACCACUUUUUUGGAUGUCUUGUCAAUUACAACGCCAUUUAUUGGCGCAUAACCAUAUAACCAAUUAGAAUGGCAACUCUAUUCCGCUCGGAAUAUUGACUUUGCUACUAAACAUAUGUCUUUUGUUUCAUUUGUAAAAUAGAAAUAAUGAAUGUUCUAAAAAUGCUCUUUCACUUCGCCACAUUGAUUUGAUGACAAUGGUAACAUUAAUUUGUACAUAGAAAAAGAAACAAAUAGCAUCGUUAGGGAACUUAAGAAAAAAAAACAAUCGAAAGUUUUUGGUUAAGUUUUUAAUUUGGUCAGUACUUGAACAUAUAAAUCCUGUCUUAAAUGGCUUUAAACCCCAGAAGAAAAAAAUGAAUUAUCAUGGUAUGGGAGUUCGAUAUUAAAACAAUAACGAACUGAACGCCCAAUGGAUCGUGGAGUUGAAUUGCACUUGUUGGAAAAGUUACUCGAUAACUCAUCGACUCGGAUUGGAUCGCGAUAGAUGUAAAAUUAGUAAAGUUUUCAUGUAAAACAUUUUCACUCAGCUGGACACCCAAUUUAAUCAGACACUUACACACAUAUUUAAUUUAAGACUCAGUAACAGGUCAAUAAAAACUGCUCUGUAGCGAUAUAAUAUUAUAUAUAAUAUUGAAUGGCCCUCCCUCCAACACAUACACACACACCGACACAGACAGACACCGACUCUAAUUUAUCAAAUAAUAACUCUCUACACAUUGACUGUUUCAAACGCUGUGCGACGCUGCUUAUAAACUGCUCUCUUUACUAUAUUGAACAUUUGCGGUUACAUUAAAUAUUCAUGUAUGUAUGCGUGGUAACGUGUAAACCAAGAAUCGUAAUGAUUCUAUAUAUAGUGGUAUACAAGGAUAAGACGGUAGAGAUAAAAUACAAGUAAAAAACACCAAUAUUUAAUUACAAUACAUUUGACCAUGUAAUUUUCAAUUAAGAUAUGAUGAUGUCAUACACACACACACCAUUUGCUGUUCAUGCAAUGCAAGUCUCAAUGGAAUUUUGGUGGCCGAAGGCUGCACCGAACUACAUUAUUAACUUUGGGUGUGAAGCAGCAGUUGAAAGAAGAAGAGACGUGUCUUUUGUGGAAGAAUUACAUCAAUAACAAUUCUUUUUUCGUUUUCGGUUUUGUUAAGUGGAAGCAAUAAAAUCACUUUUCUUCCUGCACUUACGUUCACUUCAACAUAAAUAAUACUGAAUUUAAACUUCGAUCGGCUUUUGAUCUAUUUUAUUCACCUCGAUAAGCGGUAAACCAAAAAAUUUUUUUUUUGAUUUAGUGAACAGAAAAUAUACGUUUUUUUUUUGUUCAAAUAUUCAUUUGUUGGACAAUUUUCAAUGAAAAUUAAGGCAAGAACAAAAUAUAUUUUUAAAAAAACAACAAAUGAUGUCGUAGUUGAAAUUUAAGAAUUUGGGAGAGCUAGUUUUAGAUAUGACUAUGUAACAUAAAAUUGAGGAAUCAUUCGUUGUGUUUAAUAAAUCUCAGUGUGAGGAACGUAAACCCCACACAAAAAUGUAGAAACAAAAAUUGGAAACCUUAUCUAAUAUUAUAUAUGAUAACAAAUUUUAAAUUCGAAACCAAUUUAAGCAACAUAGAUUAUGUGUAAAAAUAGGGGAAAUUCUUUUAAAAUUAAAUAAUUCAAAACAAAUUAUUGAGAGAGAGAAAAUGGAGAAAACAAAAAAACAACAUAGAACUUUAUUAUUUGUUAAAUUAGCGUAAAUUUUAAUCGAUAUAACAAUUCAUUGACUAAAAUUAGAGAAUUUUAUUUGAUAUAAUAAAAACAUGACUAUUUAUCAAGCCUGGAUAAAUUUACGAUAAUAUUACAAAUUCGAUGACACUAUUCAAGAUAAAGAACAUAAAUCAAACUAAAAAUGAUUCUAUAUAUAUACACACUCACACCCACUCACAAUCUAAUUAAAUUAUGUAAAUUAAACAUGUUCGUGCUGUUAGAGAAAAAUUUUGAAAUACAUAUAUUUCAACCCAGAAAUAAAUGAAAAAAAAACUAUGUCAUGAAUUUAGAGACUAAACAACAAAAUGAUAACUAAAAAACACUAUAAUAAAUGUUUCAAAAUUUACAAAACUUUUAGUGAAGCCACAGUGUGAACGCCCGUUCAAUUCAUGUAGACACAUUAUGCUAAUCCUCAUCCUGCUCAUCAUUCCUUCUUUUCCACCUCAAAAGCACUUUUCGUCCCUUUUAUCUUCAUCAUCCUCUGUGUCCCCUUUCUCCACUCCCUUCCUCUGGAAAACUCCAUCUCUGCAACAUAAAUACACAACACAAUGGAUAAACAUAGAGCAUAAACUAAAAAUGGAACAAAAAUGGUGUUCAAGCACAAGUAAAAACAACAAAGUGUUGUAUUUGAAAUUUCAAUGAAACGCCCAGAACAAGACAAAUACUGCCAACAAAUCAAACGAAACGUUCCAAAACUAUGUGUAUUCAAACCCAAAAAAAUUCGAUCAAUUUCACAGCGCGUUUUUGGUUUUGAUAUGGAAUUCAAUUUGCAAUUUUCAGCCUGGAAUUCGAAAUACAUUCUCCGAUUAUAACUUCACUGGCAAACGUAAAUUACCUCCACUCCUUAUACCCAGCCACCUCCUGUGCUCCGCUCCAAAGCGAACGAACACUGUGAAUCUGAAUUGUUUGCAAUAUUUGCAUUGUUUAUCCACAUUUGCAUCGCAACUACACUCACACACACAAUCAAUCUUGAAAUGAUAUCGAAAAUUCCGACAGCGAAUUGCAACAACCAGAAUAAUAAAAAAAACAAAGAAUGCAUAGAAUUUAUAAAUAAAUAUUAUCCAGAAAUUCAUUAAAAUAAAUAUGAAACAAUAAAAA